AUGGGUAAAGGAGGAAGAGUAAGCUCUUCGUGCAGGCACCUGGUCUGGGACAGGCACUGGCUGGCGGGGGCGUACCCCCAGUUCGCCAUCCCCUACUUUGUGUACAAUGUCUACGCCAUGUUCCUGUGCCACUGGCACUGCGGGCACGUCAAGGGACACGAGGCCGGGCCACUGCCAUCCCUGCAAGUGGCUGCCGGCGCCUACCUGCACAAGGACCUCCUGAUGGUGCUCCACCAUGCUGCCACAGUGCUUGUCUGCUUCCCGGUGGCCACCCUGUGGCGCCAGGGGAAGGGCGACUUCUUCCUGGGUUGCCUGCUGAUGGCAGAGCUCAGCACCCCCUUCGUCUGCCUGGGCAAGGUCCUCAUCCAAUACAAGCGGCAGCACACAGCCCUGCACAAGCUCAAUGGGGUGGCCAUGCUGGUGACCUUCCUGGGCUGCCGCGUGCUGCUCUUCCCCUACCUGUACUGGGCCUACGGGCGCCACCUCGGGGUGCCCCUGCUGCGGGUGCCGGGGGCGCUGCCCCCCGCCUACAACGCCGCUGCCGCCGCCCUCCUGGCCCCCCAGCUCUACUGGUUCGGCCUCAUCUGCCGGAGGGCCUGGCGCCUCUUCCGGCCCCCACCCCGGCACCUGCCCUGA